UUUCGUGGAAGGGUGUUAGCAAUUCACAUUUCUUGUAUCAUUUCGUUGUGUUUUUUUCAGAGUUUGGUAUUUCUACAUUUUUGGUAUUACGGCUUACAGAAAUUUUUUUUUCCUUAAUUUUUCAAAUAAUUUUAUAUUUUUUUUGCAGGAUUACUUGCUUUAAUAUUAUUAAAAUUGCCUUAUUUUCUUGUUUCGAUGUAUACGUUUAAACGUUAUGAUCCUUCUCUUCCGCGAAAUGUUUGCUCAUUUAAAGGCAAUCAAAAAUUAAUUUUUGAGGGAUAUCGUUAUAACAUUCAUCAUAUUGUGCCUCCAAAAGGUAUAAAAACAUGGAGAUGUGUUUGUGCCAAAAAAUUGAAUGGAACUCGUACAUGGUGUAAAGGAAGAGCUGAAACUUGGGAUAAUGAUAAAAAUGGAAUUUCAAAAGGAGAGCAUAACCACCCACCAGAACAUGAGAGCCAAUUAAUUGUUGCUGCCAUAGAAUGUCCUCAAGCUAAUUUAACUGAAUUAAUAAAUGAAGCAGCGUCGUUGAUGAUGACUGGAGGGUCAAAUUUUGGAAAUCGGGAAUCGUUGAAAAAAUCCUUAGCUGGUGCCAGAAGACAAGCAGAAAAUGGUGGAUUUAAAUUAAAAUGUUAUAAAAAUAUUUGUUAUAAUAAAACAACAACAAUACGAAAUAGAAGUAUAAUUCAAAUAAAUAAAGAAGAAAUUACACCAAAAAGUUACAAUAUAAAGGAUAUAUUAAACAAAAAAAUAAUUUUUGAUAAAAAAGGAAUAGUAAAAUUGGAAGAAUUUUCAAAAAAUAAUGAAGAAAAGAAGAUAAAAGAAGAAGGGAAAGAAGAAGAGGAAGAAGAAGAAAACAGUCUAAAUUUAUUCAAAAAACAACUAUUUUCUUCUUCAUCAUUUUGUUCUUCAUCUUCCUCAUCAACACCUUCUACUAAUGCUACUUCAUCACCUUUAUUUUUUAAUAAUAAAUUGUUUUCCUCUUCAAAUUUGCCUUCUUCACCAUCCUCAACAUUUUCUUUGUCUUCCCCAACCUAUUUAUCUUCGAAUUCUUCAAACUCUUCCUUCUUGGAUUCUUCCUUCAAAUCUUCUUCCUCAUCUUCAAAAAAUUCAAAUUUAUCGUUUAAAGAUUCGCCUUAUUUCAACUCUUCAUUUUCUUCAUCUUCUUCGUCUUUGUCUUCUUCCAAUGCCUUUCUAAUGGCUAUAAUUGCUGCUGCAACAAAUUCCUCAAAUAAAAAUUUACUAAAAGAAGAAGAACAAAAACAAUUAUUAUUGAAGAAACAAAGGGAAGAUAAGGAAGAGGAAGAAAAAAGAAGAAAACAACAAAUUAUAUUGAAAAAGAAAGCAAGAAUUAAUUUUGUUUUUAAUAGGUAA